CGACGCCAGUGGGCCAGGCGGAGCUCUCUGCCUGGCCAUGGGUGCCCCCUCGCCCGCUUCCUACUCCGCCUGCUUUCUGAGCGGCUUCCUCCUGGCGGCCGCGUUAUCUUCCUUAGGAACUGACGCGUGUCCUUCCAUUGCUUGGAUUCCAUUCCAAAAGAGCUGCUAUGCCCUACUUCAGGGAUCCUCAGAGGUCUACAGUAUGGAUGAUGCCAGGGAGCUCUGCCAAGACAAUGCCUCCGGAGCGGAUAUUAUUACUAUAAAUAGCAAAGAUGAAAAUACCUUUAUUCAAAGUAAUUUUCACUCAAAUUGGCAUGGUCCAGAAUACAUAUCUCUUGGCAUGUUUUUUGACACAGAUGAUGAUAUUUUCAAAUGGUAUGAUGAUUCCAAAGUAAAUUUUACAAACUGGAUAGAGGAAGAAAGUAACAAUGAACUUCUAAACACUUGUGCUACUAUGCAUACAGCUUCAGGUGGAUGGAAAAAAGUCUCCUGUGAACACAUUCCACUGACUAAAAUCCUGUGUGAAACUACUGCUAAAGUUCUUUAUGAAAAAACACACUUAUUUGGAACUGUUUGGACAGGCAUCAUAGUCAUAAUAUCAACAAUAAUUGUGGCAAUCUCGGCAGCAUUUCUCUGGUUUCUUUAUCAAAGAAGGAUAUCUUCUAGACCAAGAGGUGAUAAUUCCAUCACUCAAAUUCCAUGUGACAAUGGAACAUUUUUAAUAGAAGAUGAAUAUUCUGUUUAAACUGUUUUCAUUUAGAUAUUGUUACAGGGGCAAUGGCACAAAAACAGUCUUUAAAACCACUAUCCUAUAUUCUAAUGAAAUAUAAUCCACAUGCUUGUUAAAUUGUUUUUAUGCAUAUGAAGUGAUUUUCUAUCUAAAUGUGCAUGUUUCAACGUGCUUGAUAGUUGAGAAAUCAUUUUAAUCCCAAAAGGCAAAUAUGCCCAAAGAUCCUUUGGAAGGAAGCAGCUCCUUCUUUCAACAACACUGUGAUAAUUUAUUUUGAUGAGACAUUUGCCAACAAGUCUCACAGCACUCAUUUGCUUAUGAAGUUCAGAAUUCCAAUUGUGGACUAAAAGUCUCUACAAAAACUCCUUUAUCGUUCCCAAAAUUUUAAAAUGCAAGAUUGUAAAAUAUUAUAUUUUAAAAAGGUGGAGCUACUGCCAUCAUGAACAAUGGACAUGACAUUUUAUUAAAAACUGAAGAAAUCUGCUUAUUCUGCUAGUGAAUGUCGGCUUUUUAUAUAUAUUAAUAAAAUAUGGAAGAACAGCAAGGACCUUCAACACAAUCUCAAUCUUUUUAUAUGUCUAUUUUAAUAUUCUGUUCCAUGAAAUAA